UACCAAGUUGGACUGCCGAAAUAGAGUCGGUGGGGCCAAACUUUGAUGGGAUCUUCAUACUUCACCGUUCACAGUCACGUCUUUAGCCGUUGAUAUUCAUCGAUUAUAAUAUUUUCGCGGGAAUCAAGGGCUACGAAACGCUUCAUCCUUCGAUUCUUCCCAGAAGUUUGAAUCGCCGAAUCGAAAGACAAACCCACUUCGAUUCUCAUCAGCUGCUCUCAGCUCUCUCACUCCAGCAUACAUAUAUGGGUUUUUGGAAUUUGAAGAAUAUUUGUUCCCCAUUUUACAUUCACCUUUACCUCAUGAUCCUUGAGGUUUUUUACUUUGUGUGGGCAAUCUCAAAUGGCUCUAACAAAUGGGUUGGAAGUUCAAAAGGAAAUCCUGGAUGCCGAAAUCAAGUCAUUUUUUGACUCAGCUCCUCCUUUGAAGGACAGCGAUGAUAUCAGUGGAAAACUUGAGGAAUUUGUGAAGAAGAAUUCAGUACCUUCCGGAAGUGGAGAAGUUAGGAGGGUCGUGUGUGUGACAUCAGGUGGCACUACGGUUCCUCUAGAGCAACAAUGUGUUCGCUACAUUGACAACUUCAGCUCAGGUCACAGAGGAGCAGCAUCCACAGAGUACUUUUUGAAGGCAGGUUAUGCUGUUAUCUUUCUAUACCGAAGGGGCAGUUGCCAGCCAUAUUGCACAUCUCUUCCCGAUGAUCCUUUGCUUGAAAGUUUUGAAUGUACGGAUGACUCAAAUAUUAAAGUGUGCCAGUCACAUUCAGAAGUAGUGAGGAAUGCCAUCACUAAAACUCAUGCUGCAGUAACAGGAGGCCUCUUGUUGAAACUUCCUUUCACAACCAUAUUCGAGUAUCUUCAGAUGUUGCAGAUGAUUGCAUUUUCAAUAAGAAGUCUCGGGCCACAUGCAAUUCUUUAUCUUGCAGCUGCAGUGUCUGACUUUUAUGUUCCGUGGAAAAGCAUGGCAGAACACAAAAUUCAGUCGGGAUCUGGUCCAUUGGACAUGCGACUAGUUCAGGUGCCAAAGAUGCUCUUAGUGCUGAGGAAAGACUGGGCGCCAAGGGCCUUCUGUAUAUCAUUUAAGCUAGAGACGGAUUCAAAGAUUCUUUUAGAGAAGGCUGAUAUGGCUCUUAAGAAGUACAAGGUGCAUAUGGUUGUAGCGAAUGAACUUUCAACCCGCAAGGAAGAGGUUGUAGUCGUCAGAAGUAAUGAAAAGAUAUCAGUUCGCCGAAACCAAUCUCCGGGUGUUGUUGAUGUGGAGUGUCCACUAGUUGAACUUAUUGUGGGAAGACAUUCGGCGUAUAUCGAGAAUCCUGAUCUAUGAUGAGUAUCGAUUUCACCUGGCAGAGGAUCAGUGCAACAUACAGUUCCCAUUAUGUUCAAGAUUCACCCAAGCUUUCUUAUGCUUAACGAAGAACGUAGCUGUUUUAUGUCCGCGUACUAUGUUCGAGCAAAAGAUUCUAAACAAAGUUUUCUCUUGAAAGCAAUCAAAUUACUUGUAACACGCAUAACUUUUAAGGGGAGAUAAAGAAGUAAUUGUCUCCCUUAUUUCGAGGAACUGCAAAGUUCUGGUUAAUAAGGCUCAAGCUCUUAUUAUCUUUCUUAUUU